AGGGUGCUAGCUGGCAGGACUUGCAUGAGCUUGAUCAAGGCAGGACUGACACGUUAUUCUGACAGGCUCUGCUCUGGGCGGUGAGAGCCAGGGAUGACAUGAAGAUCUCUUGGUUUUGCCAAGGGCCAAAAACAAUCCUGUGAAGUUGGGCUAGGUUUAUUGCUCUGCGUGGGUGGGUGGUUUUUUUUUAACCUCUGUUCCUCUCCCCCACUUCCCCCCUGUCUUCUGCUCCUACGGUUUUCUUGUCAAUUCUUAAGGAACCGGUGGAUCAAGUUUUUCUCUUUCCUGGUUAAUCACAUUGCUGUAGGUAGUGGCUGACCUCUCUCCCUCCCUCCCUCCUUCUCUUUUUGUUCCUCAUCUUUCCUGAAAGUAUGUGCCAUUCCUGAGUGAGUUUCUCAACAAGACCAUCCCAAGAGAGGGAAAGACUUCUCCUCGCUUUUUAUUUUUUCUGUUUGUUUUCCCCCCCCACCGAUCAGUUGGCUCUGAAUGCUUUACUUCACUGCACUUUGACUAUGGAAGCAGAAGGUACGGAUGGCUAUUUAACAUGUGACAAUGAGCUUUCGCCCGAAAGGGAGCACUCCAACAUGGCUAUUGACCUCACUUCAAGCACACCCAAUGGGCAGCAUACCUCACCAAGUCACAUGACAAGCACAAAUUCAGUAAAGCUAGAAAUGCAAAGCGAUGAGGAGUCUGACAGGAAACCCCUGAACUGCGAAGAUGAGAUCAGGGGUCAUGAUGAAGGAAGCAGCUUGGAAGAACCCCUCACUGAGAACCACGAGAUGGCGGACAGCAGAAAGAUCCAGGAGCUGUCAGGCGAGGGAGGAAUCCGGCUUCCGAAUGGUAAACUGAAAUGUGACGUCUGUGGCAUGGUUUGCAUUGGGCCCAAUGUGCUUAUGGUACAUAAAAGGAGCCACACUGGUGAGCGCCCCUUCCAUUGUAACCAGUGCGGCGCUUCUUUUACGCAGAAGGGGAACCUGCUGAGGCACAUCAAGUUGCACUCUGGGGAAAAACCGUUCAAAUGUCCCUUCUGCAGCUAUGCCUGCCGGAGAAGGGACGCCCUCACAGGACACCUCAGGACACACUCUGUGGGCAAGCCUCACAAGUGUAACUACUGCGGCCGGAGCUACAAGCAGCGCAGCUCUCUGGAGGAACACAAGGAACGCUGCCACAACUAUCUUCAGAAUGUCAGUAUGGAGGCUGCCGGGCAGGUCAUGAGUCACCAUGUACCUCCUAUGGAAGAUUGUAAGGAGCAAGAGCCUGGGAUGGACAACAAUAUUUCUCUGGUGCCUUUUGAGAGACCUGCUGUUAUAGAGAAGCUGACAAGCAACCUGGGAAAGCGUAAAAGCUCCACCCCACAGAAGUUUGUGGGUGAAAAGCUCAUGAGAUUCGGCUAUCCAGAUAUCCACUUUGAUAUGAACUUAACCUACGAGAAGGAGGCUGAGCUGAUGCAGUCUCACAUGAUGGACCAAGCCAUCAACAAUGCAAUCACCUACCUUGGAGCUGAUGCACUUCACCCCCUGAUACAGCACCCGCCAAGCACAAUGGCAGAGGUGGCCCCGGUCAUCAGCUCAGCUUACGCUCAGGUCUAUCAUCCGAACCGGAUAGAAAGGCCCAUUAGCAGGGAAACAGCUGACAGUCAUGAAAACAACAUGGAUGGCCCCAUCUCCCUCAUCAGACCAAAGAGUCGACCCCAGGAAAGAGAGGCCUCCCCCAGCAAUAGCUGCCUGGAUUCUACUGACUCAGAGAGCAGCCAUGAAGACCGCCAGUCCUACCAAGGAAACCCUGCCUUAAAUCCCAAGAGGAAGCAAAGCCCAGCUUACAUGAAGGAGGACACCCAGGCUUUGGAUGCCACAAAGACUUCUAAGGGCUCUUUAAAGGAUAUCUACAAGGUCUUCAAUGGAGAAGGGGAGCAAAUCAGAGCCUUUAAGUGUGAGCACUGUCGCGUUCUUUUCCUAGACCACGUCAUGUACACCAUCCACAUGGGUUGUCAUGGCUACCGGGACCCUUUAGAAUGCAACAUCUGUGGGUAUAGAAGCCAGGACCGCUAUGAGUUCUCCUCGCAUAUUGUCCGAGGGGAACAUACAUUCCACUAGGCCUUCUCAUCCAAAGGGGACUCUUAUGAAGUAGAAGAACUGCACAUGAAGAACUACUGCACUUACAAUCCCACGUUUCACUGGCCCACCUGUGUUUUUUUUAAUUUGUGGUUGUUGUUUGUUGCUGUUGUUUAAUUAUUAUUAUUAACCUUAUUGUAUGAACCCAACCUCAGUCACUCUGCCUGGUGUAAGAAUGGAAGGAAGAAAGGGAAAGGAUGAGAGAGUUUUGUGGUGUUGCUGUCUUUAUUUUUUUUGGGAGUCUGUUUUGCCUAUUUGUGGGAAUUUGAAAGGCAGUCCAUUUCAGUCCCAGUUAGCUGUACAUCAUGUCAUACGUUGGGUUUCACUCAACUCCAGUAGGUGCUUUAACAUCACGAGUUGCCCCUCACUGGUAAAUGAAUAAUUUCAGGCAAAUAGAUAGAAACAUUUCAGAGGUGAGCCCUUUCAAAUGUAUAGCUACGGGUGGGACAAUAGCAGGUGUGGGGAACUGAAUUCUACAGAAUGAACAAUUUUUUUUUUUUAAAGCAGAGCUGUUUUUGUUUUAGGGAUUGAGGAGCACAAAUCAAAGUCACUAUUCCUUGCAAAAUCACUUCCUAGGGUGAGCUAUGCCCAUGGCUUCUGUGUUUACUGGAAUGUGUACAACAAGUAUGUGUAACACUGUACCACAUAACAAGAGCUUUAGUUUCAUAAGUCUUGGGGCCUCCUGUGGUAAGUUUGAGACUUUGUGAUGUUGUUUUACUUAAAUUAUGAAGCACAUUUUUUUUUUUUUAGAAUUGUUAAUUUGUUGUUAUUUCGUAAUUGUGUUGAGUCACUGGCUUCGUAGAGACUCCCCAGUAGGCAUACACCUUCUUCUACUUGGUCACACCUUUUUUUUUUUGUAAUAAUUUACAAAUAACAUUUUUAACCUAGCUUCUAGGUCAGUAGGUAGCCUAGGAGUGAAUCUGACGAGAUUCAGCCACAGUUCUAAAAGAAGCAGGCUUUUAACAUUGCACAUUAUAAAAGCACAGAUGUGCUGGUAGUAUAGAGGAUGGCUGACAGAAUUGGCCAGCCCUGGGCAAGGUGUGGAGGGGAAGGGAUGGGUCUGGGUCUGGGUCCCCAGAAGGGGCAGGACAUUGGGCAGAAGGGGCAGGGCUGGCAGCUAGCCUUCCCCCCACCAGCCUUUCAGUGCAUCCCGCUGUAUGCCACCUGGGACUUCAGCAGUGAUCCAAAGGGCCUAGGGCUCUAGCUGUUGCCAUUGUGGCCAGGAACCCCAGGCCCUUUUACAUCAUUGGGCCCUGGGGCAGCUGUCACCUCUGCUCCGCCCCCUAUCCAUGGAGCUGAAAACAUGUAUAGCAAAAGCUUUCUUGUGUGAUCAUCUACGGGACUAGCCUCUCAGCUGCAGGUGGCGUACGCAUGGGAGAAAACAACAGUGGUGACCAGUUCAUCGGCUGGCAUUCAAUUCCUCAUAACUCCAUUGACUUCGGUGCAUCUACUCUGAGCUACACCAGCUCAGAAUCUGGCCAGGGUUGGCCAUCUCUCCAGUGAAUCUUUUGCUUUGUGAGUUAAUGAAUCAGUGACUAGGAAUUAUCCUGAUUAGUAUCUUCCAUUUUUUUUUGAGAGAGAGAGAAGCCCUUGCAGAUCUUGAUGUACAGCCGUGGUGUGCAACAUGCUGGCCGCUAGCUACAUGUGGCUAUUUGGCCGGUUGAGUGUGGCUCCUUGGCUCACAAAAUUAUUUACAUUUUCAGAAUAACGGGGCUAGUUUGCUGUAGCAGGAGCCACUCUAAUAGCUACUGCUUCAGAACUGGGUGGACGCCACAGAUGUACAGCCUCCGCUCUCAUAGGCCGUGUCCAGACUCAGGGGUUUUUUCGGGAAAAGUAGCCUUUUCCCGAAAAAACUUCCCCUGCGUCCAGACU